AUGCUGAUUAAUUGGCUAUACUCUAUCAGAUCUGCUGUUGAGGAGAUUUACGUCAUCUAUUCUAUUGCAGGCCACUCAUAUUUACCACCAGACAGAAAUUUCGAAAAAUUACAGAAGGUUGUGAAAAGAAAAGAGGUCAUAAUUGAUCCAAAGGAGUAUAGGGCUAUAUUUUCCGAGUUUGCGACUCUACUAGACAUGGAAAAGCAGAAAAAAGGCCUUGUUAGAGGUGAAGCUAACUACCGCGCCAAUAUGGGAGUGUACAAGUCUGUGCUAAAAAAAGGAAAAAGUCUAGCAAAUAUUAUUCCAGAACUAUUGCCAAAAAAAGUUCCAGUCAAUUCAUUGAAGUUAAAUGAUGUAGAUAACCGUUUGAAAAAGCAUUUUGGUCAAGAUUGGAGAAACGUGUGUGGGGUGGGUUCAACGUUUUAUCAAAGGAUUAUUGAUAAUAAUGAUGACAAUCAGCUAGAAGCGCCUGAUAAAGAUACCACUCUCCCCAACAUGGAAGAAGAUGGGCUUCGGAUCUGA